AGAUAGGGGAGGAGGUCAGCUCCAUGACCUAAACUUUUGCCUCCACAGAGACCUCGUUGGCUGACAGGGGGUGUGCGUCAGCCCCCAUCACUGCUCCUCCACAACCCUGCUCAAGCCUGUGGCGGCCUCACAGACUCAGAGGAGUGUGAGAAGGAGCAGCUGAAACUGCUGCUCGGACUGACUCACUGCAGCAUCCACGGGUGACACGGCUCAGUGAGCACCGACCACGCACGACCACAGGACACUUGGAACAUUUACGCACAGUUUACGGUGCGCCGUUUGGACAGUGUUAUUAUUAUUAUUAUUAUUAUUGGACAUUUUAUUUUUUUCCACAGACUUUUUGUCUUAAGUGUUUGUUCCACUAUGAUGCUCACCCACCUGUGUCUGCUCACGUUGAGCUUCUUCUUCGGUGCUGCGUCGGUUAAAGUCAGCGCGCAGGACCGACACCUCCAGCCACUGGAUGAAGACCUGGACCAGGACAUGGUCUCCCAGCACAUGGCCAAACUGUACGAGAAAUACAACAACAGGGAGAAUCGGCUCAGAGAGGGGAACACUGUCAGGAGUGUCAAAGCCAUUCAAGCCUCUGCUGACCACAGGACGGUGUAUCGGCUGAACCUGACAGCCCUGCAGGAUUCAGAGGCCGUCCUCUCCGCCACAUUCCACUUCCUGCUGGAACGGCGCCCCCGUCAAAAACCCUGGUUCUGCAAGCGCUUCAAGAGUCCAUCCUGUCGCUCCUUGGGCGUCCAGCCUUCCAUCAGCCUACUCUUUCGCUCUGUCUCCUCUGGGUCAGAGGUCAGUACGGGGUCAACGGGGUCACUUUUAGGCAACGUGACCUUUCAUCCCCACAGGAGAGGGGUGUGGCAGAUGAAAGAUGUGACCCAGGUCAUAAAGGAGGCCUGGGAUAAGGGUCAACGCCUGCUGUCAGUGGAGCUGGACCUGGGCCAGCAAAACCAGAGGAAACCAGAGGAGGCGCUGUCUGUCGGGAACCCGCCUUACCUGUUGCUUCAUGCUGACGACCAGGCAUUGGCCGAGCCAAACAGUGUGGCUGCGAGCCUUCAGAGGUACGACCCCUUCGCUGAAGCAGGGGAGGAAUCUUCUCAGACACUGCACAGGCCAAACUCCUCAUCACAGUCCAAAGAACGUGUGAGGAGGGAAGCAGCUCUGCCCUUUGACCUCAUCCAGAACAAUGAGCUGCCUGAGGUUGAGUACAAGCCUGAUGGAUUCAGGAAAGAUGACCUUUGGGAGAGCACCUGGUACCUUAAACCCAAGAGUAAAGAAAGAGUGGGGAAGAAGGAGGAGAAGAGGAAGAGCCACGAGGACAAAGCAGCCAAAGAUAUCAGAGAAAAACAGGAGGGAAGUGAACCUCGGGUUCUAGAGCAAGGGGAAAGAACGACACAUGGAGUUAUCAAAAAACAUGACCAAGAGGGUCGAACACAGACUGUGAGUGACGGACGGAAACAUGAGCGCAGGAACGAGGGAAAGGAUGUGAAAAAGCCCCGGGGUCACUCCAACGCCCAGUCACCUGUCCUGAGUUUUGAUGAGCAGACAAUGCGCAACGCCAGGAGGAAACAGUGGAGCACCGGCCAGAACAGAGGCUGCUCCAGGAGGAACCUCAGAGUGGACUUUGCAGAUAUAGGCUGGAGCGAGUGGGUCAUUGCACCCAAAGCUUUCGAGGCCUAUUACUGCGCAGGGACGUGUGAGUUUCCUAUGCCCAAGAUGUCAAGGCCAUCGAACCACGCCACCAUCCAGAGUAUAGUGCGAGCAGUUGGGAUCAUCCCUGGGGUUCCCGAGCCCUGCUGUGUCCCAGAAAAGAUGAGUCCCCUGGCCGUGCUGUACCGGGAUGAAGCCAGCGACCUCGUACUGAAGGUUUAUCCCAACAUGUCCAUUCAGUCCUGCUCCUGCAGGUAGGAAGGAGGCGAACGGAGGACGAGGAGAGGAGA